UUUAAACCCCCCGUUCCUUUCCUUUUCUGGUGGUGGUUUUCCUACUCGUCUCUUUUUACAUUGACAGCGCUAUUGCUAUACUUAAAUUAGUCCAAGCCAGACCAAUUCUCCUGAUUGCAAACGUCUUCCCUUCCUCAUGACGAUAUAAAGAGUGACUAGAGAGCCCCGGACUCCCCAACACAUCCACCAUCCACGAACCCACCCUCGUCUGAAUUGAGACUUCCGACCACGUUCUCGCCACUGCUUUGCCUCACUAUCAUGCCCUCUUAAACUCCCCUCUCCCGCAGGAUGAAAUUCGCCAAAGAGCUGGAACAGGAAUUAGUUCCAGAAUGGCGUGCCAAAUAUCUCGACUACAAGGCGGGCAAAAAGAAACUUAAAGCCAUUUCACGGGCACUCCAGAAGACCAAUCGAAGUCCCAACCAUUCGUCCCUCCGACACGUCAGCCAUGGCGAUCCAUCGACGGUAACAGCCAGUGGUCCCGACCCUGCGUCCUCUUUCCAUCAAUCCGACAGGAAUCCUCCAGCCACCGACGGGACGUACAACCCGACAUUACCAGUCAGAAGUGGCUCCCGGACAUCACGCUCAACUCCUGGUCGACGAAGCGAGCGCCAGCCCCUGCGAGUGCCUGGCUCCCGGUUCUCAACGACGGUAGGAAGCUAUGGAAGCAUCCUCGCAACACCACCGCUGCAGGCGGGCUCUUCUGAUGUGGCCUCGUUCGAAUUACCGGACCCAGCGAUAGACUUGAAGGUACAGGAUUUUGACCCGAAUAGCGAGAUCGCCCGCCAAGAUGAGCCCCGAAGCCCUUCGCCAGUUAUGGCGCGCAAUGGCAGCACCAGGGCCGUGCCGGAAAUGCCCCCGCGGAGCCCGUCCGCCCACACCGAUAAGGAAUUCAAGAGAAACACAUUUUCUGGCUCGAACAGCAAGCGAGCCUCCCAGAUGCUGAAGCGGGUAUUCUCAUACACCGAGUCGCAGGAAAAGCAGGAUGAUCAACCAUCGUCGGAAUUCCAGCGGCGGCAAGACGAGUUCUUUGCAUUUUUGGACGAUGAACUGGCCAAGAUCGAGUCGUUCUAUCAGAUGAAGGAAGAGGAAGCCACGGAACGCUUGAAGGUACUCAAACAACAACUUCAUAUUAUGCGCGACCAACGGAUCCAGGAAGUUUUGAGCAAUAAGAAGGGUCGAACCCAGCACGGACACUCGCACAAACAAACCGGUUUUGGGGGCCUCAACGGUUCCCGGUUAAAGGAGGCCUUUGUGGGACAUCGAAUCGGGAAGAAUUCCAAGGCAUUGGCCGAAUUAGCCACGCCAGCAGCAAAUCAAGGACAGGAUGCAGAUGUUGUGAACCGCCGCAGGGACUUCUCGCGUCGACCCGAUGAUGCAGCAAACCAUGAGGUUUCCUAUCGUUCUGCCAAGCGGAAGCUUAAACAUGCGCUGCAGGAAUUCUACCGCGGCGUGGAGCUACUGAAAGCGUACGCCUAUCUCAAUAGGACAGCCUUUCGCAAGAUCAAUAAGAAGUAUGACAAGGCCGUCAACUCCCGUCCGCCUCUCAGGUACAUGUCGGAUAAGGUCAACAAGGCGUGGUUUGUACAAAGUGAGGUCACCGAGAACUUGAUGGCCGCGACGGAGGAUCUUUACGCUCGCUACUUCGAACGCGGAAACCGCAAGAUCGCCAUCUCCAAAUUACGCAAAACACUCAAGAAAUCAGGCGACUACUCUCCGAAUACGUUCCGUGCCGGGCUUCUCCUGAUGGCUGGUAUAUUGUUCGGCAUUCAAGCUCUGAUAUACGCCGGUCAGCAUUUUCAUCACCCCGAUCCCAUGAUACCCAUCCACACCAGCUAUUUACUUCAGGUUAGUUCGAACGACUCUGCGAUAUACGCCAUGUUUUGGCUACAUCAGUCAUGGCGGGACUAACUUGAACAGAUAUACGGCGGCUUCUUUCUCAUAGUCUUUCACUUCUUACUAUUUUGCUUGGAUUGCAUUAUAUGGACGAGGAGCAAAAUCAACUAUGUCUUUAUAUUCGAAUAUGACACCAGAACUGCGUUGGACUGGCGUCAGCUAACUGAGGUA